AUGGCUGUUAGACUACUGGUUGCCUUACCUUGGCUUCGUGAUUCGUUUGAGCUGCGCAUCCAUGGAUCUUGGGUCGCAGUGCUUUACUUCUUCAGCGCCGAUCCUUUUGUGGACUACCGAGAGGGACAAGUUCCCCGACUGGUUCGUUGGCUGAUCAAAGUGCCCCUUGCGCUAGCUGGGGGUUUGACGAGACACUGCGACUUUUUCUCCAAGGGUAUCAAGGAUGUGAAGCCUGCAGGAACUGCGGAUGGGAAAGGAUCCGGUCCCAGGGAACAGAAUUGUGUUGUGUACCGUCUGUGCCAAUAUUGCGCCAACUCAGCUGUCUCGGUAGUUCAAUGCCUAGGCCCCCUGUCAAACCAAGCCGGUUAUACCGAGUCAGGGAUUCGAUGA